CUCCCCGCGGCCCCUGCUCGCCCCGCAGCGCCCUCCGCCGCGAGCCCCCAGCCUUCGGGCCCGGCCUACCGGGUCCCCGAGCAGAGCUGCUGGGAGCCCCCACCUCAGCAAUGGCUGAGCCUGGAGAGCAACUGCCGGAGGAGGUGCUGGCGCUCAUCUUCCGCCACCUGCCCCUGCAGGACCGCGCUGCCGCCGCCAGGGUCUGCAGAGCCUGGGCUGCUGCCGCCGCCUGCAGCGCUGUGUGGCAUGACACGGACAUCAGUUGCUGCUGUGCGCAAGAAGGCAUGCUGCCACCGUUUCUGUCAACCUGCCUGGACCACAUUCGCCAUCUGCGGCUGGAAUUUGAGCCGUCGAAGGAGCCGAGCCGCCGGGUGGCCACGGAGCUGCUGACCGCGCUGGCGGGCCGGACCCCAGGACUCCAAGGCCUGCGCCUGGAGUGCCGCGGGGAGAAGCCGCUCUUCGACGCGGGCCGCGACGUCCUGGACGCCGUGCGCGCCAUCUGCCGGGCCGCUCGCGAACUGCGCCACCUCGACCUGCGGCGCCUGCCCUUCACUCUGGACGACGCGCUGGUGCUGCGGGCGGCGCGCGGCUGCCCCGAGCUCCGCAGCCUUUUCCUGAACAACGGGACGCUGGUGGGCAGCGUGGGGCCGGCCUCCGUGCUCGAGCUGCUGGAAGCCUGCCCGCGCCUGUGCACCCUCGGCCUGCACCUGGCCAGCCUGUCCCACCCCGCCCUCGAGGUGCUGGCGGCGCCGGGCCGCGCGCCUUUCGCUCUCCUGGCGCUGCGGUGCGCCUGCCCCGAGGACGCACGGGCCCCCGCUCUGCCCAACGAAGCCUGGGCCGCGUUGCGCCGCCGCCAGCCCGGGCUGGUGGUGGAGGUGGAACUGGAGCCCGCCAUGCCCGCGGAGAGCGUGACGCGCGUCCUGCAGCCCGCCGUGCCGGUGGCCGCGCUGCGCCUCUGCCUCUCCGGGGACAGCGCGGGCCCCGUGCGCUUCGCCGCGCUGCACUACGCCGCCACCCUGCGCGUGCUCGAGGUGCGCGCCGCCGCUUCGGCCGAGCUGGACUCGGCGCUGGAGCUGCUGGCGGGGCGCUGCGAGGCGCACUGCUUCUGCGUGGUGCGGCCCUCCGUGCGGCACGCCUUCCUCGCGCACUGCCCGCGCCUGCGCAGCUACACGCUCAAACUAACGCGGGAGCCCCAUCCCUGGCGGCCCACGCGUGUGGCGUGAUCGGGGCAAGCCCUCUUCCGCCCCUACCCCUAGCAGGCGUGCGGCCUCUCAGAUGCCAGGUGGAUUUGCCCAAGAGAGCGCCAGCUGCUAACCUGCUCCUUCAGGACUCUUGUGCCUCUCGAGGAUUUGGGAGGGAGGGAAGGGGUGCCCUGCGUGCCCUCCAUGCCUCAACAUCUGAGGAUGGCCCCGCGAUGUGCCCGGGGGUAGUGGGAUCACCCCCCUCCAACCUCCCUCCUCUGAGCAUGCUGCGCUAGCUCCGCACCCCCCUCUCCCCACCCCCUCCCCACACCCCGGUGGGGUGGGAGGAGCGGGCACAAGGCCAGGCCGAGCCUCAGGAGUAAGUGUGAAAUAAACCAAGCCUGCAG